AGUGGGGGACCACUUUGCGUACCUGCGAGACGAGAUUGAUCAGUUAGGCAAAAUGAGUGAAAGCAACGGUCCGGCUGCCGCGGAAACUAUCUCCUCGGAGGACGCUGAUGGAUGCGGUCCUCGGCAGUGGCGCACCACGGCCUUACUCUCCCUCUUCCUCCUGCCCUCGACCUGGCACCUGACGGUCAUCACCUUCAACACCGUCUCACCACCCUUCAAAUGUGUCAGCAGCCCGAAUAUAACCAGCUGCCGAGCCGACAACGAAACUUUCUGCACCAAAUGGAGAUUCGACGUGACGCAAAGCAAUACUAUUAUCUCGGAGUGGGAUUUGAUUUGUGAGAAUGAAUAUCUCAUCAGUCUGGCGAAGCUGGCGUUCCUCCUCGGCGUUGGUUUGGGCGGAAUCAUUUCGGGCAUUCUUUCGGACCGGCUCGGACGCCGAAAGAUCCUUACCAUCGCACUCACAGCACAGAUUCUCAUCUCAACGACAAUCGCGUUCGCACCAACCCUCUUAGUGUACAACGUGCUGCGGUUCGCGCUGGGCUGGUCGUGCGUCAGCGUGAUCAUUACGUCGUUCGUGCUGUGCAUGGAGUCGGUGGCCGACCGCACGAUGGCCGGCAUCCUCUUCCACGUGACGGUGCCGCUGGGCUACCUGACCCUGGCAGGGCUGGCGUUCCUGCUGCGCAACUGGCGCCACCUGCAGCUGGCCAUCACCUUCCCCACGCUGCUCCUCUACGGCGUCAUCUACGUGGUGCCCGAGUCGCCGCAGUGGCUGCGCAGCGACGCCAGCCAAGCGCAGCCGCUCGCGUUGGUGCGCACGCCGCGCAUGCGCACCGUCUCGGCGCUCAUCUGGCUGCUCUGGCUCGUCGUUUACAUCGGAUACUUUGGCAUUGUGCUCAACAUGGGCAGCAUCGCUGGAGAUAUUUACUUGAAUACGCUCUUUGCAGGAUUGAUGGAGCUCGUGGCGAUAAUUCUGAGUUUGCCACUCUUGCAAAAAAUCGGGAGGCGCUUCACGUUUAUCUGCGUGCUGGCGGCGGGCGGCUUGUGCAGCGCGUGUGCUGGGGCGCUGAUCGCUUCAACAUUUUCAACGGUGCUCGUUGUGCUGGCCCGUUCCUGCCUAUCCAUCGCUUACGUCGGAUUGCCGUUGUACACGUCGGAGCUUUUCCCCACGGUCGUGCGCAACAUCGGCGUCGGCUUUUCCAAUUUUUUCGCCGGACUGGCACUCGUGCUUGUCUCGCAUCUGUGGGAACUGGCCGCGCUGGCGGAAGGACUUCCGUUGUUUGCGGUUGGUGCACUCGCGGCCUUGGGAGCUGCAUCGGUGCUGUUUCUUCCAGAAACUCUGAACAAAAAGCUGCAAGACACUGUCGAGGAGUUUGAAGCUGAAGCGAAAAGAAGUGAAGGAUAGCUGUUUUUCUUUUUAAACAAACAUGCAUUUUUAAGUAAUCAACAAUAUGACUUUAUUUUUCAUUUUGCAAAAAUAUACAACGUGACAGCAUUUUUUUUUUAAAGUGAAUUGAUACAGGGCGAGACAAUAAAAAAACCUUGCUACAGUAAAAAUUCAAAUUUUCUCCAAAUUUCCAGCGCGUGACCACAUUUUCUUGGCAGAUUUUUUGAUUCCUCUCGUCAAAAUCUGUCCAACGCGUGUGAAACUUUUUAGGGAAAGUCUUUGCUGUGAAAUAAAAUAGCAUUGCAAGUAAGGAGACAGUUGAAAAAUAUAAGCUAUUUUUGCAGCCACUUUUCUCAAAACAUUUUAAAUCAAUUUUUGGCUUCAAAUAAAUCCCAAAGGUUCAGUUAAUGCAUUGAAAACAAGAGUUUUCCAGGAUUUCCCAGUAUCAAUCCUCUUUAAUGAGAUUAGUGUGAAAUUAGGCUGAGAAUGAUUGCUCCGACCACGCUCAAUAGAGAGAGACGAACGAUCGAAGACGAGUUGCAGUUGUAUUUGUGCUUGCAAAAGUCGCACUGCUCCAAAUCCGCCUUGGCGUUUUCCAACACACUUUGGAUGUGCGCGCAGGUGUAGUGACCAUUAAACAUGCAACCCCUGAAGGUCACCGGUUUUUGUCCAUCUGAAAUAAAAUAAAUAAAUAGUGAAUCUCUCGCCUCUUGA